CUCGGAUCGAGAUCCUCGUGCAUGGACUAGUCGCUGUGAAGCUGUGCAUCUGAACGACUAUUACGUCUUCCAUUAAGGGUUUCUUCGGGGAGUAGUUAAGGUCAAUAUGAAUUUUCCGCUAUAUGUAAUCCUGCUUAUGAAGGUUCUAUCCCCUGCUUAUUCGGAAGUCGAAGUUUUUCCUCUUCUGCCUUCAAUCAAGACAGGGUUGCCAAUCACCCCAGAAGAUGGAUCUCAAGGUCUUCCAAUAAUUCCCAAAGAAAUUGUGAACGGAUCCGAGGGCAUUCCAGCCACCCAAAGGAAUGAUACCAAUGGAUUCCAAGGUCUUCCAAUAACUCCCAAGGAAAAUGUGAACGGAUCUGAAGGUCUUCCCUUCAUCAUCCCAGAGGUUCCUCUCGGUCUCCCAAUCACUCCAAAGCAGAGUCAGAGUCAGCAAUACCAAAUUAAUCCCGGAACCGCGUGGACUCUGAACUCGCCCUAUUAUCCGACAUUCUUCCAAAAUAAUGUCGCGGUGAAUCAGGCGAUGACGCUUGUCACAUCCCCCGGUUACAUCCUCCGACUAACCUGUCAGGACUACAACAUUCCUUGCACCGGAAACGACUUCUUCCUCUUCGAUCUCGGCGAUGGCACCUGGUACUAUUUACCCUGCGGUUCCGGACAGAGCUCCGUUUCCGUCAAGACGUCCGGGAACACCUUGAAGGUUUGGAGGUAUUUCUACACCUCGACUUCCAAGAAAUAUCAGUGUCGGAUCGACACCGAGGUGAAAUCGACAUCGGGGUCCGGUCAAGGUACUUCCAUAGAAAGCUGCGAUUGCAUGCUCCCUGGAACGAACCGCAUCGUUGGCGGAAAUAGCGUCGUGCCCAAUUCCCUUCCCUAUCAAGCCCUAAUCAACGUCGACGAUGGAACUUAUCGGCAAGAGUGCGGCGGGACGGUGAUCGAACGGCAUUGGAUCCUCACCGCAGCCCACUGCGUCACGGGCACCAACCUCAAGAUCAAGGCCACCCUCGGAGAACACGAUGUGACGCAGGCGAGCUCUACCAGAAAGGUGUACGACGUAGAAAAGGUGUUUAUCCAUGAGAAUUAUCAAUACACGUCGACUUCGAUCAAGAACGAUAUCGCUCUUCUCAAACUGACGCAACCCAUUGACUACACGAAAGGAAUUCGUGCUGCGUGCCUGCCGAAGAGGAACCUUGGGAAUCUGACUGGGAAGUCGGGGAGGGUGUCUGGUUGGGGGACGACGUCUUUCGGGGGUCCCUCGCCUAAGGUCCUCCAGCAGACCUACAUCCCCAUCGUUGACAAUACCGUCUGCUCUCAGCCUAACGUCUAUGGGAAUCGGUUCAGCACCAUUGACAUCUGUGCGUUUGUCAACGGCAAGGAUGCAUGCCAGGGUGACUCCGGAGGGCCAAUGGCCUUGGAGGACGGAGGGAAGACGUACGUGGUCGGCGUGACGUCCUACGGAUCCGGCUGUGGCAUCUACCCCGGGGUCUACACCAGGUGUGAGGGGACGAAAGGGAUCCCUGGUUGGUUGACGACCCUAGAAUUCCAGCGGCUUGACCAAAACCAUCAAAAGGCAUUGUUGUUUUUGAUGGCAACAGAGAUGUAUUCUUCUCCAUUGAAUGGUCACCUGGUGCAAGGCCAUCACAUGUCGGGGCAUACAGGGGUUGGCAACGAAACAGGUCCCUUUCCAAUUUCGUUCCCACCACGGCAGGGUGCCCUUCCCGAGAUCAGCACUGGUGCCGGUCGUGGACAGCUCUUCGGAAAGAGGGGAGGAGGAAAAGGAGGAGGAGCAGCUCGAAAGCAGAUAAAGCCUCACAAGGAAGGGGUGCGUUUCUUAUCCAUCAUGUCGAUGAAUGCUCGCCUUUGUGUCCAGCAGUCAAGUUUGCUGGGCUUUCUCAGUAGGGAUGUCUUUCUUGACAUCAGAGAUGUGAAGAUGUUCACAUCAUGUAUGGAAGAACAGGGACUCUGCCCUCCAAAGACACCAGUGUCCCUCCUCCAUGAGGUUUGUUCCAGAGAAAACUGGGUACCAAAUUACGAAAUGUUGGACAUCUUGGGUGCUGUUCAUGAGCCUGUCUACAAGUUUCAAUUGACUGUGAAGGACUAUGUGGAAAUAGGAGAGGGGACAUCCAUGAAGAAGGCCAAGCAUCAAGCUGCAAGAGCCAUGCUGGUUAAUCUCUUGGGAAGUGAUGAGGAGGUCACUAGGGCUCUGAAUGCGACGGACCUAGGGACCCACGUGGACGAGGAUGUUCCAGGCAACCCGAUUGGGUCGCUGCAGGAAUUAUGCAUGGGGCAUCAUUGGCCCCCUCCACGUUAUGAUACCAUUGCAGAGCAGGGAAUAGGGACAUCAAAGAAACUAGCAAAGCGCCGAGCAGCCCACCAGAUGCUCAUGGUCCUCAAGGACACAGGAAUGGAUGUUGAAAAGCUGGGAAUCUUGAAAGAGGAGCAUCCGUCUAAUGUUCAAUCUCCCAUCUCUACUGCUACUGACUCGGCCACUGUUGGGGUCAACCACCUGACUGACAGCUUCCAGACCCUAAAACUGGCCAAGAUUCCAACUCUGACCCCUGAGAGUGCAAACCAUGUGACAACAUUUCUCCGGAGCGUCCCGAUGCCGUCAACCCUGGUUGCACAGAAUUAUGUGUCAUUUCUCCACGAGCUUGCCAUUAAGAGCGGCUUCGAGGUAAAGUAUAUCAUCUUGGAUGAGUGCACAAUUGACGACAGGUUCCAAUGCGUCCUGGAGAUCGGAGUCCUCCCGUUGAUGGUCUCCAUGGGGACGGGGACUGAUACCACUGAGGCCAAAGAACAGGCCGCCAAAGCUGCCCUACACUACCUCCACUACUGCACCGCCAAGAAGACUUAAUUUGUCCUUUUUCCCACUGUUACUGUUGGCUUGGAAAUUCCUCCAAGAGAACCCUGGUCCUUUAACUCUUUUGUUUGCUGUUCUGUGUUGCACACUGUCACCAAGGUGUAAGAUUUCUUUGGAUGGUGGUUAUAGCAUGUAGGAGAAGAGUGACUCAUGUAUCUGUCAUGCCAUGAUGCUUCAUGCUAUUGAAUUGUAACCUGGAGGAUCUCAAAGUCAGGUUCUAUGUAGGUCAAACUCUUUUUGUUGAGAUCAAACUCUGACUACUCAACAUUGGUUCAUCAAAUAUGCUUUUUUUUUCCUCCAUAUCGAGGCCAGGUGUGACUCUCCAAAGAGGGGUCUCCACUGAAUAUUGCAAGAACAAAAAAAUCCAGACUGUAAAAUCCUGUAAAACCUUGCCUGCUGAUAUUACUCUCGCAUGAUCUCGUGUUUGUGGUCUUAGCCUGAGCUUAUUUUACUGUUAUAAGCCUUGUAUGGGUGCUUAACAUUGGAGAUCCAUUGUCUCUUGGGGGGAUUUAAAAUUUUGGGCAGUUUGAGAAACAAGGAAAAUUCACUAUCCCAGGCAAGGAAAGGGCAGUCUCCAGAUUUGUAUGAACUAAGAAGAGAUUGGUGUGAGAACUGGGAUCAUGAUGGCUCUGUCUUGCAGACUUUCAAUUGAUUGUAUUCUCAUUUCUAAUCUUUUUAAGAUAGACCAUUCUAGGUUGACUCUGCUUUGCCAUUGCAAGUUAUAUCUUGAGUUUUUUAAGGCAAUGUUAGGAAUAGGCUUAGGUUGAGCCUAGCAUUAAUGUUUCCUAUUGAUAGAAACACCACUUCAGGUGUGCAUGUAACUCAGUGGUCAGUUUUCUUUUUUGACAAAAAUUGUCUUAAGACGAACUGUUAUUGGGCAGUGUAUGUUGUUGAAAUUUGGCAAAUACUAGAGAAAAAUAGGAUGAGGCUAUCCUAUGGAAGUUUAAAAGACCAAGCCACCACUAGCCCAUAGAACUAGCUUCUAAUUAUUGCUAGCACUUGAAAUAACAUGCCACAUCCUGGUAUUUCUUCUCUAGCUCCAUGGUAAGCUAGUAAGAGUAUAUUUAUCACUGCUAUGGUAUUGACUGUUGACUCAGAUUUAAACCAUUUGCUUUGGAAUUAUGCCUAGAUUCCUGUUUUUUUUGUUCUCUGGACUUUAAGCCUACUUCUAAGAAACCACUUAGAUUCAUUUAAUCUCAGUGGAGACUCGUUUCUGGUUCAAGGGUCACAGAUGGGUUUCCUUUGUUUUUUUUCUUUCCUUGGAAAACAUGAAUAGGUUUUCUUCACUUAUCCUUGAGUGGAUCUGUUGCACACUGGCUUGAAGUGAGUGCUUGAGCAUCUCAAUGUGUGAUGCCCAUCAUCAAGUUACUGAUCCUCAUGCGAUAAUAAAAAAGACUGCGAAAAAUAUCCA